AUGGGAACUCACCGGUUUCCUGUUCGGACCAACAAGAACAGCAGUGAGACCGGUGAUGUGCUAAAAGUUCACAUUCUGCCUGCUGGGCUUUUUGAUAGUGAACUAUUCUUUAGUAUUUUUGAAAAAGAGGAGGAGGAUAUUUUCGGUCUUGGCCAGCUGCUGCAAUCUGCGAAGGAAACAGGCAAAGAAGUGAAGAAGAGACCAGCCGACACUAAGGCUGAUGAGGGCGCAUCCUCCAAAAAGCGCCGUUGA